AUUCGUUCAUUUUUUAAGUCUAACUUUUACAAAUACUUUUUUUUUUUUUAAUUGCAUGUUUUUUAACCGGAAAAGCUCUCCAUUCAUUCCCUAAUCGACUCGCGAUAAUCCGAUCUUUCCUAAUUGCCCGGUUCCGGAGCUACCUACCGGGAGAAUGCCGGACAUCAAAUCCGUUUCCUCCAUCCUCCUCCUAGUCAGCUCCUCACUCGUCGCUGCCCACCCAGGAGGAGCACGCUACCCUCGCGACGACAAGUACCCCGUGAAUGUCAAGUAUAGCGAGCACUUCCGUCACCCCAAGUGUGACUGGCACCUCUGGGAUCAGUGGUGCAAUGGGGAUGGUCACAAGCACUUCUAUGACUGUGGCUGGGGCCUCACUCAUCCUAAUUAUAACUACCGCCUCUGGAAAUAUUGGUGCGAUACCAAGGUUCACUACAACUGUGAAUUGGAUGAGUCACAUUUGAAGUAUGACGCGGGGCUCUUUAAGUCAUUGUGCACUGGACCUGGCAAGCACUUGUAUGACUGUGACUGGCCCACAUCACAUGUGAGCUACAGCUGGUAUCUCCAUGACUACUUGUGUGGUAAUGGUCAUCACCCCUAUGACUGUGAAUUGGACUCCUCACAUGAGGACUAUAGCUGGCCACUCUGGUUUAAGUGGUGCAGUGGGCAUGGCAGGCACUUCUACGACUGUAAGUGGGACAACGAUCAUGAAAAAUAUGACUGGCCUCUCUGGCAGUAUUGGUGCGGGUCGCAUGACAAGGACCCCUACAACUGCGAAUGGGACUCUUCUCAUGAGAAGUAUGAUUGGGAGCUCUGGAAUAAAUGGUGCAAGGACCCCUACAACUGCGAAUGGGACUCUUCUCAUGAGAAGUAUGAUUGGGAGCUCUGGAAUAAAUGGUGCAAGGACCCCUACAACUGCGAAUGGGACUCUUCUCAUGAGAAGUAUGAUUGGGAGCUCUGGAAUAAGUGGUGCAAGGAUUCCUACAACUGCGAAUGGGACUCUUCUCAUGAGAAGUAUGAUUGGGGGCUCUGGAAUAAAUGGUGCAAGGACUUCUACAACUGCGAAUGGGACUCUUCUCAUGAGAAGUAUGAUUGGGGGCUCUGGAAUAAAUGGUGCAAGGACCCUUACAACUGCGACUGGGACUCUUCUCAUGAGAAGUUUGAUUGGGGCCUCUGGAGUCAUUGGUGCAAUGACUAUGACAAGUACCCCUACAACUGCGAAUGGGACUCAUCUCAUAAGGAAUAUGACUUGACCCUCUGGAAUCUUUGGUGCAGUAGUUAUGACAAGGAUCCCUACAAGUGUGACUGGGAUCUCUGGAAUCAGUUGUGCAGUGGGAAUGGCCAUCACUUCUAUGACUGUGAUUGGGACGUCUCAUAUCCAGGCUAUGACUCGCAUCUAUGGGACCUCUUGUGCACUAAUAACCCCUACAACUGUGAAUGGGACUCUUCUCAUGAGAAGUAUGAUUGGGACCUCUGGAAUAAGUGGUGCAAGGACCCCUACAACUGUGACUGGGACUCUUCUCAUGAGAAGUAUGAUUGGGAGCUCUGGGAUAAGUGGUGCAAGGACCCCUACAACUGCGACUGGGACUCCUCUCAUGAGAAGUAUGAUUGGGACCUCUGGAAUAAGUGGUGCAAGGAUCCCUACAACUGCGAAUGGGACUCCUCUCAUGAGAAGUAUGAUUGGGAGCUCUGGGAUAAGUGGUGCAAGGAUCUCUACAACUGCGAAUGGGACUCUUCUCAUGAGAAGUAUGAUUGGAAGCUCUGGGAUAAGUGGUGCAAGGACUCCUACAACUGUGACUGGGACAAGUUUCAUGAGAAGUAUGAUUGGGAGCUCUGGAAUAAAUGGUGCAAGGAUCCCUACAACUGCGAAUGGGACUCCUCUCAUGAGAAGUAUGAUUGGGAGCUCUGGGAUAAGUGGUGCAAGGAUCCCUACAACUGCGAAUGGGACUCUUCUCAUGAGAAGUAUGAUUGGGAGCUCUGGGAUAAGUGGUGCAAGGACUUCUACAACUGCGAAUGGGACUCUUCUCAUGAGAAGUAUGAUUGGGAGCUCUGGGAUAAAUGGUGCAAGGACUCCUACAACUGUGACUGGGACAAGUUUCAUGAGAAGUAUGAUUGGGAGCUCUGGGAUAAAUGGUGCAAGGACUCCUACAACUGUGACUGGGACAAGUUUCAUGAGAAGUAUGAUUGGGACCUCUGGAAUAAGUGGUGCAAGGACUCCUACAACUGUGACUGGGACAAGUUUCAUGAGAAGUAUGAUUGGGAGCUCUGGGAUAAAUGGUGCAAGGACUCCUACAACUGUGACUGGGACAAGUUUCAUGAGAAGUAUGAUUGGAAGCUCUGGGAUAAGUGGUGCAAGGACUUCUACAACUGCGAAUGGGACUCCUCUCAUGAGAAGUAUGAUUGGGAGCUCUGGGAUAAGUGGUGCAAGGAUCCCUACAACUGCGAAUGGGACUCUUCUCAUGAGAAGUAUGAUUGGGAGCUCUGGGAUAAGUGGUGCAAGGACUUCUACAACUGUGACUGGGACAAGUUUCAUGAGAAGUAUGAUUGGGACCUCUGGAAUAAAUGGUGCAAGGAUCCCUACAACUGCGAAUGGGACUCCUCUCAUGAGAAGUAUGAUUGGGAGCUCUGGGAUAAGUGGUGCAAGGAUCCCUACAACUGCGAAUGGGACUCUUCUCAUGAGAAGUAUGAUUGGGAGCUCUGGAAUAAAUGGUGCAAGGACCCCUACAACUGCGAAUGGGACUCUUCUCAUGAGAAGUAUGAUUGGGAGCUCUGGGAUAAGUGGUGCAAGGACUUCUACAACUGCGAAUGGGACUCUUCUCAUGAGAAGUAUGAUUGGGAGCUCUGGGAUAAGUGGUGCAAGGACCCCUACAACUGCGAAUGGGACUCUUCUCAUGAGAAGUAUGAUUGGAAGCUCUGGGAUAAGUGGUGCAAGGACUUCUACAACUGCGAAUGGGACUCCUCUCAUGAGAAGUAUGAUUGGGAGCUCUGGGAUAAGUGGUGCAAGGAUCCCUACAACUGCGAAUGGGACUCUUCUCAUGAGAAGUAUGAUUGGGAGCUCUGGGAUAAGUGGUGCAAGGACUUCUACAACUGCGAAUGGGACUCUUCUCAUGAGAAGUAUGAUUGGAAGCUCUGGAAUAAGUGGUGCAAGGACUUCUACAACUGCGAAUGGGACUCUUCUCAUGAGAAGUAUGAUUGGAAGCUCUGGAAUAAGUGGUGCAAGGACUUCUACAACUGCGAAUGGGACUCUUCUCAUGAGAAGUAUGAUUGGAAGCUCUGGAAUAAGUGGUGCAAGGACUUCUACAACUGCGAAUGGGACUCUUCUCAUGAGAAGUAUGAUUGGGAGCUCUGGAAUAAGUGGUGCAACAAGCAUGACGAGCACGACAAACACCCAUGGUGCCCUGUCUGUGACCCCCUCUCAGGCGCAAAUCGCUGUCAUCCAACCACUUCCUGUAUCGGCACAGGCCACUCCUACUACUGCGCCUGCCGCGCUGGCUACAAGUCUAGCCAUUAUAGCCAUGAUCACAAGAAUUUCCGCCUGCCAUUCCCAGGCUAUGAAUUUCUUGUUUUCACCCCCCCAGGUACCGAGUGCGAUGUCCUUUGCGACGGUUACCCGCACAAGCCAGCCCAUAAGCUUUGCAGCGAGGUUAAGGUUCAUAAUUAUUGCGAGCCAUGAGCGACCUUUGAAGGAAAGGGCAGAAAGAGGGAAAUUUGGGGUGAUUUUGGGGUACUUGAACAGAUUUUCCUCGUUUUGAGGGAGGGAGAAAGCGAACAUGUAAUUUUGUAGAUGGGUGGAAAGCUUCAUCUGACCUCUGAACGAGGUCAUUUUUUCCGUUUUAUUAUGGAUAAAUAUUGAUGAAGUUGGAUAAUAGGGAGACAUCUUUUUGCAAAAUUAAUAGUUAUAUCUUAGUUAGAUUUACUUUCUUAAUUAGAUACUUUAAUAUUUUUUGUGCCAGGCCUCUCGUUAUUUCAUUGUACGUACACGUGUUUGGGGAAGUUAUCUUUAAAUCCUUAAAUAACUCGUAUCAUUCGAUGAGAAAACACAAGAAGACGAUGAUACUUGAUCUAGCUGUAGGGGGUACUGAAUGAAGAAUCUUUACUAUCUAACAGCUGCACAGGGAACUUUGGGUCAAAAGCCAGCGGCCGAAUUUGAAGUCGCCCGAAGGAGAGUCAAAAGAAUGAAAAAUCCAAACGAGAGCUAGACUGGCUUUUUAUAGUUUCGCCUUCACCGGGCCGUCAGCAUCUCCCUUCGCGCGCUCCUUCAGCACACGUCUCAAAAUCUUGCCGCUAGCGCUUUUAGGAAUCUCAUCAAUGAACUUCACUCCUCCACGCAGCCAUUUAUGCGGCGCCACUUUAUCCGCAAGCCACUUCAUGAUCUUCUCCGCCUCUGCCGCAGCCUCGUUUCCUGCCACCUUGUCUUUCAACACAACAUACGCGAGCGGCACCUCGGAGCCAUGCUCUUCGCUCUCCAUGCCAAUGACAGCAACGUCGCUAAUCGCCUCGUUCUUCACAAGAACGCCUUCAAGCUCUGCCGGCGCAACCUGGAAACCCUUGUACUUGAUAAGCUCCUUGACGCGAUCGGUGAUGUAUAGAUUACCAUGUUCAUCCUGGUGUCCGACAUCGCCCGUUCGGAACCAGCCGUCGGGCGAAAGACACUCAGCCGUCGCCGACGGGUUGUUCAGGUAUCCCAGAAACACGUUGGGGCCGCGUAUGUAGAUCUCCCCCGUCUUCCCAAUGGGUAGUUCGACGGGCUCGCUCCCGUCGUCGGGCGAAGUCAUGUACUUGAUUUCCUGGUUGGGUAGCAAGCGGCCUACUGAGCCGAUGUAUUUAUCCCAAUCAGCCCACGCCUGCGUGUGGGUUGUAGGGCUGGUCUCGCUAAGGCCGUAGCCCUGCUUGACACCCGUCUUGAUGCGCGCGGACAUGGCCUCCACGAGCUCGCGGCUGAGCGGGGCGGCGCCGCAGUUCAGCAGUCGUAGGGAAGAGAGAUUGUAUUUGUCGAUGGCCGGGUGUUUGGCGAGGAGAACGACGACUGGGGGUACGACGUAGGAGAAGGUGAUGCGGAAAUUUUGGACGUGGGCGCACCACUUUUCGAUGUCGAAUUUGGACAUGACGACCAUGUGCACGCCGGUGUACAUGGAUUUGUGGAUCAGACACGUCAGGCCUGGGUUUGUAAAUCAGCUACUGCUGGGGGUGAUGAAGAAAUUUUUGUGGGGAUUGAGGAGGAAGUUUCGUAAUUACCGUAUAUGUGGAAGAAUGGUAAAAACGCCAACACUUUAUCGCUGUGCCAGGUCAGGUUGCCCGCUUCUCCUGCUGUAAACUGCAUGAUAUUCGAAACAAUAUUCCGAUGCGACAGCAUCACCCCCUUGGGCACGCCCGUCGUGCCCGAACUAAAUGACAGAAACGCCAGAUCCUUCGCAGGGUCGAUGCGUGUCUUGCGAUAUCUUGUAGCCUUAGAUAUAUUCCGCACAGAGGUGAAAUGCUUGAACUUCGCACUCGGAUCCCGCGCAUCACCCAGCAAGAUGAUACGGUUUUCCGGAAUACCGGCCAGCUUCGCGGCGGCCUUGGCGGUUGGCACGAGCGCUAAUUGGGUAGCGAGCGCUUUGGCUUUUAUCCCCUUGAGCUGGAAGGCCAGCUCAUCUACGGUAUAUGCUGGGUUGGCUGGGGAGACGAUGCCGCCGGCCCAGUGGGUCCCCCAUAUUACGGGGGGCAUGUCGAUGCUGUUGGGCGAGAUGAUUGCUAGAACAUCGCCCUUUUUCCAGUCCCAGGCAGCCUUGAGGCCCAUUCCAAAUUCAAGGGCUGUGGACUUCACCUGGGCAUAGGUGUAUGAUCGGAGGGUGUCGGCAUCCUGGAAUAUCACUACGCGUAUACGUUACAUUGGUAAGUUGAUUAGUCAAGGCUAUGUGUUGAAGCUCCAAGUGCUGUUGUUCUGUGCGAUUUGGAGUGAAACAUUCAUAGCUGGCAAGAGCAAAGAAGAAUCAACAAACCUUGGUCAUCAGGGAAAGGCCGCUCCUUAUUUUCAAACAGAAGAGUCCAUAGAUCGACAUUUGGUAUGUCUAACAAAGGAUACGGUGAUUUUGCCGGCAUUAUUGUUACUAGACUUUGACAGGAAAACAGACAACCGGAGACGUAAACACGCAAAUAUACUGCAGAAACCAGAAGGAAUAGAAACAAAUAGCCCAAUAGACGUAAGGAAUGUGGUUUAGCAACGUGAGAGCGAAAACAAACCCCGUGUUGAGGUUGGAUGCGAAGAACGAUGAAGAAGGGAUUCGCAGUUAGGGUUUCGGCAAUUCCUAGGGCCUUUUUGCGGGGAGCGUUGGCCGAUCCCGAAGCUAACCUUGUUCGGGCCGGGUUAGUUAAUCUGCCGAGGCAUCUUCCAGCCCGAUAUCAACACCGAUAAACAUGUCUAGACUGAGUUAAUAUCUCUUUGCAUUGAGUGAGUUAUUACGGAGCACAGAUUAUGGCAAACAUUUGGGUUAUCAUUGUUGUAGAGACUUAAUUGUGCAACUUUCCGAGCUAUAAUUAUAACUAUGGGCGCACCACCUUAUCAUCCAUCACCUCCAGUUCCUUCAGGGCGAACCAUUUGGGCAUCAGCGCGGCAUGCAUGGGUAUUAUAAGGCAUAUGAGGACGGGAAAAUCUGGAUAUCCACAAAUAAGCUACUGCUCUUCUGCUCGCAGGAGAUCGGGGUUGGCUGAUGGGGGGAGAGCACUCACCGAUGGCCGCGAUGGUCUGUGAAACGGCAACGCAGAAUAGCACACCGAAAAGCUGAAGCCCAAUAUACAACGCUAUUUUCCAUCUCCUAACAGUGAGCAUCCGCUCGUCACGCUGGAUGAACCUAUUUUCCUUGAAAAGGAAAACCAGCUUUUCUACAAUUCCAUUGGAUUCGAUAGAUCCCACUAAGAAAAAGAACAUAUUAGCAAGUGAUGUGAUUUCGUGAAAGUUCUGUUAUAAAGAAUAUGGAAAAACAACUUACACCAACGACAAAGAAGACCCCAGCAAAAGCCGCCGCGGGCAUACUAUGCAAGACGACAAGUAAAGGUCCAGUCAUGGUUCCGAUCAAUGCCAGGCCCGUGAAGAAGUGAGAAACCCGCUGCUCGACCACUGCAGUAGCUUUCACGAUGGGUCUCCUGACUUCUGCGCCCUCGCCCUCAGAGGUGGAUAUUUUGACCAUGUCCGUUUCGUAAAUAGUCAGGGAAUCCGUAUGUAGCGGUGCCUAUAUCCAUGAUUAUGAUUAUCACCUGUUAGCAUUAUCAAGGAAAAGGAAACGCAAUGCGAGUAAUUUUGAUGAUAUGUAAAAUUAGUUUUACCUGAGGAACGAGCCCGUUGGGCAUUGAAAGACCUAAGAUACCGGCAACAAAGGUUGUGCAGCCAAGGAGAAAGAAAUCCCAGUGGAAGCCUCCUGAGUUUUUCAACAGGAACUGCCGAGAUUGGGAGGUCAAGCUGCUGAUGUUCUGUAGCACGUAAAGGUGCAUAAUCGAAGUAAAAGAGAAACAUUGUUAAAAACCUGAAGGGGAUAGCGACAAAGAUCCAUUUGACGUCCAGUUCCCAGAAGUCUAUCAACCUGCUACGAGGUUGGGUAGGAUGAAAGGCCUUUGUAAUGGGUACUUUGCCUAUAUUUGCCUCUCUCAAAUGUCCUGGGAUAUGCGCAAAGCUAACCCAAAAGAUUUUGGCUUUCUGGAAAAGGAUAUUAGUCCCUGGUUUCCGUGUACUGAUAAAAAUAAGAUAGGUCCAAUAAAUGCUCACCGAGUAAGCGUAGUUGUCCAAAAAGCGCCUGAAGGAAGGUUGAAAAUUGUGUUCGAUCCUAAUUUCUCCAGCACAUAGAUGGUGGCGAAGUAUAGAAUGGCGAAUGUGCAAUUGAGGUAUCCAUCAAUGCUGCCUCGAGAAGAAAACUCGCUGACAAGUUCUUCCACGCCCUUGACUAAAUAGAGAGAACACUCAGCAUCCCCUAAUUAUGAAAGAGCUAAAAUAAAACAAGUUAAAAAUAG